CCUGGCUGUGCAUCCAGACAUGGUGACCAUUGCAACCGGGCAAGUGGCCGGAACGUCGAAAGAUGGCAAGCCGCUUCCUCCGCAUGUGAGAGUCUGGGAUUCGGUCAGCCUGAACACGCUCCACGUCUUGGGACCGGGACCCUUUGACCGGGCGGUCAGCUGCGUGGGCUUCUCCAAGUCGAAUGGAGGUGGGCUCCUUUGUGCAGUGGAUGACUCCAAUGACCACGUCCUCUCUGUCUGGGAUUGGCAAAAGGAGCAGAAGCUUGCCGACGUGAAAUGCUCCAACGAAUCCGUCCUGGCGGCCACCUUCCACCCAACAGAGCCCACGUUGCUGAUCACCUGUGGGAAAUCCCACAUCCACUUCUGGACGCUGGAAGGAGGCAGCCUCAGCAAGCGGCAGGGCAUUUUCGAG